AACAAUUUACCAGAGCGGUGGUUGGCAAGCUUCGCUGUUCUGUAUUGAAAGUAGACUUGUUUGCACGUGAACUAGCAAGCCAAACUAGCGAAUCGAAUUUCAUAUCUCUCAACAAACUAAAGCAAACAACGAUGGCUGACGACAAGAAAGAUACGAAGGGUUCGGAAUCGGAGCAUAUCAAUUUGAAGGUGCUGGGACAGGACAACGCUGUCGUCCAGUUUAAGAUCAAAAAACAUACUCCGCUGCGUAAGCUGAUGAACGCCUACUGCGAUCGGGCGGGACUAUCGCUGCAAGUUGUCCGUUUCCGGUUCGAUGGCCAACCGAUUAAUGAGAAUGACACCCCGACAACCCUGGAGAUGGAGGAAGGAGACACCAUUGAAGUGUACCAGCAGCAGACCGGAGGAAAUCAACUGUAAUGCAAGCGGGACAUGGAUGCCGGAAAAUAACGAAGCGACGGAGAGUAUGCUGCAAGCCAAUAACAUCAGCUAGGACAGCAGCGACAUAAUUUAAUUAUUAUUAUUAAACGCGUGGGGUGAACUCAUAAA